UCGUGUCUAGGGUCCAGUGGCUGCUUUUAUAGAUUCAGACCGGACAGCGACAGAUCGAAGGAAAACCAUUACUCAAGGGAGGGCAUCAUGGAGAAAACCACACCGAGGACAAAGUUGUUGAAGGAAGGAUCAGCGCACCAGUUGUCGUUCACCAAGCGGAUAUGGAAAAACAUCCUCGUGUUAUCCUCGGCUUUUCUGCUGAACUUCACGGCGUUCCGGGGCCUGCAGAGCCUCCAGAGCACGCUGAACAGCGAGGCCGGACUCGGCGUGGUGUCGCUCAGCUGUGUGUACGCCAGUAUGGUGCUGUCGUGCAUGUACGCGCCAUUCUUCAUCCACAAGGUCGGAUCGUGCAAAUGGACAAUCGUCGUCUGUUUUUUCGGACAUGUUUUGUACACGGGCUCCAACUUCUAUCCGUCCUGGUACACUCUCAUGCCAUCUUCAGUUCUGCUUGGGGCCAUUUCCGGUCCGCUCUGGACGGCUCAGAUCACUUAUUUGACAAGCUCUGCUCAGGAAUAUGCUGAACUAUUACAACAUGACAGUCUAGAGGGUGACAUUGCCAAGUUCAACGGCGUCUUCUAUUUGCUCAAUGAUUUGUCUGGGAUCAUCGGCAACCUGAUUUCUUCAUUGUUGUUCUCUGCGGGAACACAGGACAUUGGAAAGGGGGAGUUCUGCGGUGCGAUGGAUUGCGGGAUUCGCCCCGAAGCCAACUACACUUCUCAUUACGUCACCAACUCAAGCGCGCCCUACAAGUUAGCAGGGUUUCCAGCAGACGACAAGGAACAUGUGAUAGCACGUUACAUACUUUUUGGGGUCUUUCUUGUGUGCAACCUCUUAGCAGCGCUGGUUGCAGGACUAUGUCUCGAUAAGAAUGCUAACAGUAAGGAACUAUCGUCUGCUGGGCGAAUCCAGGUGUCACAACAGGUACUUCGUACAGUACAUGUGUUUAAGGACAUUAACUACGUCCUCCUGGUGCCUUUGCUGGUGAUUAUUGGCAUGGCCGGGGCCCUUGUAUCAGGAGAUAUCACCAAGUCGUACGUCAGCUGUGCCCUGGGAGUACAUAUGGUUGGUUACGUCAUGAUCUGCUGCAGUUUGUCCAGCACUGUCUUCUCCCCGCUCAUUGGACAUCUGACUGCUUACGCGGGUGCCAGGAGCCUCAUCCUCGCCGCCGUGGUCGCCAACGCCGUUCUCCUCAUCUACAUGUUGCUAUGGCAACCGGAUGAGGACUCUCUCGGCAUGAUCCUUGCCGUGUCUGGAGGAUGGGCCGUGGUCCGGACGGUUUGGCGCAUCCAGCUGUUUGCUGUACUUGGCACCAUGUUUCCUAGCAACCAAGAGGCCGUCUUUGCCAACGCCAAAAUGGCGGGGAGUAUCGGCAGCAUGCUGGUGUUUGCCUACAGCGCAGCUCUGUGCAUGGACGUCAAACUGUACAUCUACAUGGCUGUACUGGCGCUCGGCACGGUGGGGUUCGGUGUUUUUGAAUGCAAAACGCGCAACAAGAAGAACCAAAAAGCUGAUACAUCUUAACGUACCUUGAACAAGUUGAGAGGUUGUGAUCAUUGUGAUCAUGCCGCUCUGAUACAUAGACGCGUGUCACGUGACCUCACUAAUCCCUGUUUCUUAGGUCACGUGACUAUCUGUUCGGAGCUGAAAAAAAUGGCGAAUGCCACCUAAAAGCGUCUGAACCCUUGUAAUGUCCUAAUAUCCGUUUAAGGAUUCAUUUCAUUGUCACCGAAGGGGGGGGGGGUAUUUCCCUCUACUGCUCUA